UUCAAGUUGAAAAGACAAAUUUCUUGGAUUCAUUCACCAUUGUUUGUGAAUAUGGAAAAGGGAAAGAGGUUGGCUGUUUUAGUAGGGUGCAAUUACCCACGCACCAAAUAUCAGCUGCAUGGAUGCAUCAAUGAUGCGUUAUCCAUGCGACAAGUGCUCGUAAGGCGGUUUGGGUUCGACCCGAGCCAAAUCGAGCUCCUGGUCGAUGAACAUGGCUCCUCGGUCAUGCCCACCGGUGCGAAUAUCAAGAAGGCACUUAGCCGGAUGGUUGAUGAGGCUGAGCCAGGUGAUGUUCUAUUCUUCCACUAUAGUGGUCAUGGAACGCGGAUUCCCUCGGUGAAGCAAGUUCAUCCAUAUAGGCAGGAUCAGGCAAUUGUUCCUUCUGAUUUCAAUCUAAUUACCGAUGUGGACUUCCGGCACCUGGUGAACCGCCUGCCGGAGGGAGCAACUUUCACCAUGCUUUCAGAUUCCUGCCAUAGUGGCGGCCUCAUCGACAAAGAGAAAGAGCAAAUUGGGCCUUCCACUGCCUCUAGCAAAGCCAUUUUGCUUUCUCCCUACAAGCCCAAGACCAUUCCCUUUGAAUCAGUAUUGCAACACCUCGCAUCAAUCACAAACAUAGAUACAUCCGAUAUUGGCACCCAUUUGCUGGAGAUUUUUGGCCCUGAUGCCAGCCUUAGAUUCCAAUUACCUCGACUCGAGCUCAAUUUGCUCAGACCUCUGUGGCCUGAUGAGGGAAUUCUGCUAAGCGGGUGUCAAGCGAAUGAGACUUCUGUCGACAUGGAAGCGGUUGAGAGUGGGGGGAAGGCCUAUGGAGCUUUCAGUAAUGCGGUUCAAAUGGUGUUGAAGGAAGAUUCGGGUCCUCUCUGCAAUAGGGACGUAGUGAUGAGGGCUAGGAUGCUUUUACGGGCGCAACACCUUGAGCAACAUCCUUGUCUCUACUGCAGUGAUGACAAUGCUGAUGCUGUUUUCUUGUUGCAAAAUUGAGAGCUCAAGCAUACGAGACAGUGUGUUGCCUAUAACGUAUAUAAAUGAUACUUGAUAUUACUUGUUGUAACAAUAAAAUAGCAUAUAGGGAAGAAAAACAAUUAUAUAUGCUUCCACAUCUAAUUAUAAAUGAAAUAGUCG